CUUUGCACAGGUUUUGAUAAAUCUCCCUGAUAGACGGUUAUGCAUUCCGUGCGGACUCCGCAAAAGGAAUGAACAUGUUCAUUCUUUGUGCAGACACGGAAAAUGGAAUCCGGUUGAAUUCAACAGGACUUUGCUACAGUGUGGAAUCCGGCAGGCAAAUUCUGACGUGUGAACGUGGCCUAAGGAAUUGUUUUAUACGUUGCACUGAUGCUUCGUCAAGAAACAAUAUCCCUCUUUUAAGAGUUCAUGCUUCUUAUUCAUGCACCAUUAUCCUUCUGGCUUUAGAAGCAGCAGACUGGCAUUCUAAGAAGUUAAUUCUGUCAUUUACAAGAACAUUGACCAGAACUCAUUGAUUCAUAGAGAAGCAGCAAACUCGCGGUUGGGCUACACCCUUCCGACAUAUUACAGAAAUGCGCCAGUUAUAUGAUCAUGUGAAAUUAACUUGUCUGUGUCUGUUUUUAGGUUUUUCUCUGUAAAAAGAAAAAUAACAAUAUUUUUUUAAUUUGAAACAAAAAAAGACUCUUUGCCCAGAUCAAAUUCCUCGAAACAAUCUUCUUUUCAAGUCUCGUGAAGCAGACAUGUGCCCUUUGUGCCAACACAUUUACUUACUGCCUGCCUGUGGUACAGAGAUAGCUGAAACUCUUUGGAAAGAUGUUCUACAAUAAAGACUUUGUCAAAUGGCACCGCUGGGGAUUAUUUCUAGCAGCCAUUUUGUAUCUUCAGGUCGACAACAGCUGGUGCCAAGUAUUGAUCAAAUUACAACCACCAGAACCGAAAGUGGGUGAAAAUGUUACUUUGCUUAUUCAAUAUACAGAAAAGAUCCUAAUGGUUAACUGGUACAAAGGAAAUAGGAUAUUGGACUCCCAAAAUAUUGUGACAUAUAACCCUGAUGAUCCUUCAGGUCUGACCACGGGUAACCAGUUCAAUAAGAAAAUGAAAGUAUUGGCUGAUGGAUCUCUACGGAUCUCAAACGUGGAUGCUUCAGACAGUGGAGACUACACAUUACAGAUUACUAUUCCACUAUCCUAUUAUGUUUAUACAACUCAUCUGACUGUAAAAUCUAACACUGAAGCUCCUCCUACCAGAUCUCCACCGAUUCUCCAUUCCACUGAUGGUCAAGCAAGAGGUGGUAAUACUUCUGCUCUAAUAGGUAUUAUUGUUGGAUCGAUAUGUGCAGUGAUUUUGGUUGUGGUUGUGGCCGUCAUAUGGUAUAAAAAAGGAUGUAACAAAUCAAAACAGAAUCCAGUGUAUAUAAAUGACAAACCAACAUCUGUAUCAUCACCAAGUGAAGACAUUUCUUUUAACCUGCAAAAUAAUUUCAACAGAAGACUGCCUUCUAUUCCACCACAGCCCACAAUUUAUCAGAAUGAAUUCAAUAACAGUUUCAAUGAGGAUAAAGAACACCCUUACACAGAUCUAAAUUACCCCUACUUAAGUGAUUCCUACCUUGAUCUUCAGCCAUACAAAAACUUGUGAUUUCAUCAUUUAUUCAUUGUCAAAUUUGGACACAUGGAAGGCCACAGAUUGCAUAAUGUCUGUUUUAGUAUCCGAUUGAAUAUUACAUAUGGGUAUUAAAGCAAAGAAGAUCAGAAAACAAAAUAUAUUCAGAAAUUAUGGUUUCAGAAGGAAUAGAAGAAAUAAUUUUUAUCCCUUUAACAACUAAAAAAAAGCAUCACAACAUUGAGCCAAUGUGAUUUCACAUACUGAAGACAGUACAUAGUCAGUUAUAAACUAAAUUUUUUUAACAAAGAACAUAAUUUGAGUGCAAUGUAUUAUUCCUAAAUGAUUAUGAGAAUAAAUAAUC